CGGAGCACACAUUACAAAACACUGGGAGCGAUUUUUCUGUUACACCCGCGUGGCUUCCUGUGUGUUUCUGAUUUGGAUCCGGGCACGUGUUUCCCUUGGUAAAUCCUGUGUGACAGCGAUGGGGAAGAAGAAAGCAGCAUGUGGUUUAGGAAGAGCCCUGAUUCGAGACCGAGCACAGAGCCAGAAAGGGCAACGAGUGAAAGACUCCUGGCUGCACACAAGUGAGUUGAAUGAUGGCUAUGACUGGGGCAGGCUUAAUCUCCAGUCAGUGACAGAACAAAGCUGUCUUGAUGACUUUCUUGCCACGGCGGAGUUGGCAGGAACAGAAUUUGUUGCAGAGAAACUGAAUAUUACAUUUGUCCCAGCUGAACACAGAACUGGUCUGCUAACAUCUGAGGAGUCAAACAGAAUUCAGAAACUCCACGAAGAGAAUAAACAGUUUCUGUGCAUUCCAAGGAGGCCACACUGGGAUGAAAAUACAAGUGCGGAAGAUCUGCAGCAAGCAGAACGGGAGAGCUUCUUGAAGUGGAGGCGCCAGCUCGCUACGCUUGAAGAAGAAAAGAAGCUAAUUCUUACACCUUUUGAACGCAAUCUAGACUUUUGGCGUCAGCUCUGGAGAGUUAUUGAAAGGAGUGAUCUAGUGGUACAGAUUGCGGAUGCCCGGAACCCUCUUUUGUUUAGGUGCCAGGAUUUGGAGCAUUAUGUGAAAGAAAUAAGUCCUCACAAAGAAAAUAUCAUCCUAAUAAACAAGGCGGACUUGUUAACAGCUGAGCAGCGUCAAGCCUGGGCAACUUAUUUUCAGAAGGAGGGAAUGAAGGUUGUCUUCUGGUCAGCCUUGGCAGAAGCACAAAGACUUACAGAAGACGCUAUGCAGGGUGCUGAGCCAGAGGAUGUGAUACAGGAUAACAUCUCAGAUGAGGAAGACAGCGAGGAUGAGGAAAGUUUAAGUGACGCAGAAGACCAAACUGGAGAUCAUAUGAAAUACAGCUCAAGUGAUGAGUAUGAGGACUGUGAGGAUGACGAAGGUUGGCAGACAUGCUCUGAAGAUGCAGAGGGUGAAAAUGAAAGGAUAUUACCAGUCUCAGCCGCAGGCCAGCCUGAAAGGACUGAACCAGCAGAGGUCCAUAACUAUAGCCACUUAGUUCAAAGAGAUGAAUUGCUUGAGAUCUUCAGAUCCGUUCACAGAGGCAAAAGAAUUAAAGAGGAGCAGAUCACUGUGGGACUGGUGGGUUACCCCAAUGUUGGCAAGAGCUCAACCAUUAACACGAUACUGGGGAACAAAAAGGUUUCUGUUUCGGCGACUCCAGGACACACAAAGCACUUUCAGACACUGUAUGUGGAGCCUGGCCUCUGCCUCUGUGAUUGCCCUGGUCUUGUAAUGCCAUCCUUUGUCUCCACCAAAGCAGAGAUGAUAUGUAGUGGCAUUCUGCCGAUUGACCAAAUGCGAGACCACAUCCCACCAAUCUCACUCAUUGCGCAGCGGAUCCCGCGAUAUGUAUUAGAGGCCAUUUAUGGAAUCAAUAUUAUCAGACCUAGGGAGGAUGAAGAUCAAGACCGUGCUCCAACCUCAGAGGAGUUUCUCUCUGCUUAUGGGUAUAUGAGGGGAUUCAUGACUGCACAUGGGCAGCCAGAUCAGCCAAGGUCUUCAAGAUACAUUUUGAAGGACUAUGUCAAUGGAAAGCUACUAUAUUGUGACUCUCCUCCUGGAAUAGAUCCGUCAGACUUCCAGCCUCAGCACGCUGCAUAUCAGGAAAGAAAAGCUGAAUGUUCUGGAGCUGAGACAGGAACUCACAGCAGCAAGAAAGUCAAACACAUUGAAAACGUGGUAGACAAAAACUUUUUCCAUCAGGAGAACGUCCGUGCUCUGACCAAAGGUGUGCAGUGUGUGAUGGGAUACAAGCCGGGCAGUGGCCCUAUACCAUUAGCUACAGUCAGCACAGAGACUAUAUCAGGAAAGCCUUGGAAAAGGCAUGGAAACCAAAACAAGAAGGAGAAGAUACGGAGGCUUAACAAGCACCUGGAUGCUUGACAAAGUACUAAAAAAACCUCUUAAUAAUGGAACCAAAAACUAUACUUUUAAUUGUGCCAACCAGAUUUGACUGAUUUUUAACAUUCAAAC